UAGAAGAAGAUGUGGUGGUUUGUCCGUAUCGCGUCGACACGUUAAAGGGGAAACCUUUAACAUAACAUAACCAUUUCAAGAGGAGAAUAAAUAGCCUUUAAUACUCAAACUGCCGCGGAUCUCUCAACGUUUCUUGGUAAGAUUGUAUUUUCCGUCUUCCCGUUGAGUUCGCGCUGUUAGGCAGUUCAGAGAGAGUUUGUUUGAGCAGACACGUGACUCUCAGCAGAGCUGAGACAGUGACGAGGAUACAUUUGAAACCUCGGGACGUGUUUUAUGUGUAUCGCUGUCUAAGUCUGAUUUAACACAGAGAGUAUUUAACACAGAGAGUAAAGUGAUUAUCGAUUUUUGCAGCCAGUAACAGAAUGUAAAUGUGCUCAGCUAGAUCAGAUGUGUGAGAACAGGAGCUGGUCUACGUGUUCAGAUGCAGGUGUGCUGUUACUGUAUCUCCUGCCGUAGAAGACACUCUCUCUGCAGAGACACUGGUGCCAGGAACACACAAGUAUCUUUGGGCCAGCGUGGAAAUCAGAGGAGACCUCAUCUGACUCUUACUCCUCCAGCUGAGAGGGUCCUGGGAGAGAGGAGUGAUGGAGCACUACUGGUCACUUCUUCAGCUCUGGCAUGAGCAGACAUAGGCUGCUGCUGGACUCUAGCACCAGAUGAUACUCCAGCAGAGAAGAUGAUGACUUUCUUCUGUUAGAAGGGCUUUGCUGUUGCUCCUCCUCAGUGGAGUCUUCCAGUCUUCUUCUCUUCAACUCUCACCUCCUGCUGUAGGUAAACACAAUGAGAAGAACAGGGAAAAAAGGCAGGCCCUUGAAUCACAGACGCUGUGAACAGAGUGCUUCUCUCUUGCUCACUUGUAUCUAUUGCUGAGGUCUCCACUGGUGGUUUGCUUUGUCUCCGGGACCACUGAUGACUCUCCGGUGCUGUUCUACGUGUCCUGGAUGAAUUGAGCUUGCAAAGGAGCAAUCAAACAGAUGGUCAUGGCGUCUGUGGAUGAUAUUGAGGACCUGGUGACCUCCCAUGACCUCACUCCUCACAAGCGUCAGUGUGCUCGGAGCAACAUCAUGCCUAGUCCAUGCAAACACACGCUCCAGCUCGCAGCAGAAGAGCUUCAGACCGACAGUGUGAAUCCUGGCACACAGAAGAUCUGGGUGAGGACCUGGGGCUCCUCUCACAAUAGCUCUGAUGGAGAAUACAUGGCCGGACAUCUGGCAGCCAGCGAAUAUAAGAUCACAGGUGAGAGUUUGUACUGGAGUGCUCCAAGCCAGAGCAGGAGAGGACAUGUGCACACGGGUUCCAGGAUGAACAGGGCUGAGUGGAGUGGGGAAGAUCCACCACUACUUCCUCGUGACUAUGGCUAGUCUUCAUCCCCUGUGAGUGGCUGACCUCAUAAACUCUGCAGUUAUCGCAGGUUUUCCUAGAUCUGCGAACAAGGGUUUUACAAAAGCAGAUGGAUUGCAACUGGAGUUCUGACGCCACUACGAAUGAUCAGAUGAAGUGUGACUGCACACUGGGGGAAGCGUGUCAUGUAACAGACUACAUAGACACUAUGUUUAAACAGCAUUACCGAGAACAAAUGAUCAAACUGAUGCUUGCAGUCAUAGAGAAUCCAAAUCAUGAUUGUACCGGGGAUACCAAGUGUGUAAAAAAUCUUAAGAAUGAAAUGAAUGUUGUAAGAAGCCUGAAAAAUAACCCAUGUCCUGAUUUGACUAUUAUGUUUAUUACCAGUAAAUAAUCAGUCUGUGUAACGACUAGAAAAAUUCUGGAUGUGGUGUCUGAAUGUGACGAUGAGAUGGACAUUAACGAGGUUCUCUGUCUGUGUACAUGUGUAACAGAUUUAUAUACAUUGUUGGUUUCAAAAAAUUAUGGUUCCAUGACGUGAGAUUGUUCAAACUUACAUCAACUACAUACUAGAACAAAACAUGCUGGCCUGUAGAGAUUUUCUUUUCUGGCUAGACCACCUGUAAUGUCAUUAUUACUGUUUGUUAGUAAUGCCAAUUUGACCAUU